GAUCUUCCCCAAGCCUAUUUGUAGACUGCCAUGUCGGGCGUGGAGUCCUUCGGUGACGGCGACGUGCGCGAGCGUCUGCUUCCUGCUCGACCACGCCAAACAUCGCAGGACUAUGACGGUGAAGACGCCUUCACACACGAGGAGCUUCUGCACUCGAUCGGCUCCUUCUCCGCUGUGGUGUGGCCAGUUGCCGUCACAAUGUUGCUCGCCAGGUGCCCACGAGCUCAUCAAGCUCUUUUGCAGUCAAUACACAGCGCCACUGACGUAAAUUUCAAUUGAUACGCUGUUGCAGUUUUGUGUCGCUUAAUGUGGAAGAUCCUGCGUCGGCUAAGGCGCUCGCAGAGUACGGAACCAUCAACCAAUGUGGAAUAAGUUGUGAGACUGAACGUUGUGAACGUGAUGCUGCAGAGCUUACUUGAUCUAUGGGCCCGAUCAGGACAAAGGUGCAUCUACUGGAACAAAAAUGACGGAUGCUCUGGUAAAUGCAUUGGCCAUCGUGUCGUUUUUCCUCGUGGCGACGUUCGUGAUUGUCUGCUGCUACAAGUUCAACUUCAACAGGGUGCGGCUAAGAUACUUUUGCAAAGCAUGGCAUUGUGAACGAUACUCUGAUGUUGCUGCGUAAUUGCUACAGAUCCUGAUUGGAUACAUGAUGUUUUCGUCAGCUAUGCUGCUGGGAAUGCUGGGAGGCAACAUGCUAGUUAUCGUCAUCGCCAAGUUCGAGAUCCCCAUCGAUGUCUUCACGCUGCUCUUUGCCAUGUACAACUUUUCGGUUGUUGGAGUGCUGUCAAUUUUCUACCAGAAGGGAACCCCCAUGUGGCUGACACAGACGUACUUGGUCGCUACAUCCGUCAUCAUGGCGUGGCAGCUAGGGCAAUUUCCAGAGUGGAGCACCUGGGCACUGGUGAUUGUGCUUGCGUUUUAUGACUUGUGCGCGGUGCUGACGCCGUGUGGGCCGCUGAAAUGGCUUGUGAAUCUCGUGCAACAAGAGGGGCGCCCCCUUCCUGGUUUGCUCUACGAAGCAGAAAUUCGUCGCAAUCACUCGGGUCAUACUGCUCAGCCGGUGCGCGAAAACGUGUACUAUCAAUGCGAGUCAGAAAUUCCUCUUCGACUUGGGUCGCCACGCGACGUACCGGAAGGUCCAACGUCUUCUACCCACACUUCUUUGACCCCUUGUCAGGUUCAACUGCGCGCUCGACUGAUCGAAUUCUACUCGAAGCACAACCCAUCGGCAAUAUCCCGUGUCGACAAGAUCUUGGAACGAUAUCACGGACGAGAAACCGAAUUAUGGCACGAUCUGUACCAGAAAUAUGUCACCGAUCAAGGAGAGGUGGAUGAAACGAUCAAGCUUGGACUGGGAGAUUUUGUCUUCUACAGCGUUUUAGUGUCUCGAGCAGCCAAAUACGACUUCUCGGCGAUGAUCGGAUGCUUGGUAUCAGUCCUGAUGGGUCUUGGAGGUACGCUAUUUCUUCUCGGGAUUUAUCAGAAAGCACUUCCAGCGCUUCCGAUUUCCAUUCUGCUAGCUGUAAUGAUGUACUUCUGGCUUCGAGUGGUGUUUGUGGAUUUUGCCAGCAGCGCGCUCAAUCUUGGCGUGCCCCUAUAACGCAUCCGAUAAUGCGAGCUCAAAAUACGUCUGGCAUUUUGAGGACUUAUAGAUAAUUGCCCUUCUCAAUACAUGCCUGGAGAAAGGAGGUCAAGAACGUAAAUCCUAAAACAUGAAGAGCUUCAAGCUCGAUUUUCCAAGGUAGCGCGUCGCCAAGCCACAUUUGAACUUCAUCCUUGAAGUGGUCGUUCGCCUGCGUCACCGCAAAAUAUUAGCUGAGGAUUUAUAACAUGCCUACUGCAGUUGCCUCGCACCUGAAUGAAGCUUGAUCGAAACAAGGAAUCGGCCACUGCCAGGUCUUUUCGAGUGAGAGCUUUAAAAGAUGAGAUCGGCAAGUCCAAGUCCGCGAUUUGAGAUGGUCGAACGCCAACCCACUUGAUGUCGACGGCUGAUCACAGAGUAAUGCGUGAUAAGCUCAGCAAGAAAAGCAGUGAACGCGCAGUUAACCCGAGUUUACCGUAUUGAAGUGAUUCCAGCGGCAUUCGUGCUGAUCCAAGCUUGUAUGUGAGCUGCCGAAUGUAUCCUUAGAAACCCAAGUCAUUAUUUGUUGUAGAAAUUUGGUCUCACCAUAAUGGAGAGGCCAAAUGGGUUGCAAUCACAGAGUCCAAGAACUGGAAUUUCUAGUGCGUUUCUCAACAGGCUCACGAAUACUCUAAUUGCAUCAGGCCAAGACAACCGGAUCAGUACACUAUAUCUAUCAUCGUGUCUUCUAAGCAAAAUAUACCUCGUAGCCAGAUCCGGAAAACCCCGACCAGUGAUCAAAAUGCUUGGAACUAUUUCGAAAAACUUGUCUUCUCUGAAAAGAUAACAUGUUAUCAACCAGUCAGGAUAAAUGCAAAACCUGCGUUCCGUAUAACCUCAGGC